CUCGGUUUCGGAGGUCGUAUGAAGGCAAUUGACGGUGCUCUGGAAGAUUCCCGUAUAGCCUCUACCGUAAAUCAAAUUUACGCUUCCAUUGAUCCAUUGCAAAGGACACGAGAAUCGAUGAUGAAGGUCUUUGGGACCUGGAUUCAUUACGAUGAGGACAUGACUAAACCUAAUUUAGUCAUAAUCGAGGCUUUUAGGGACAUGGAUUUACUACGGUGAGGACAUGCCAAGAACAUCUCCACUCCACUCUAUAAUAUCUUACAGAUCCUGCCUUCGAGUCUUUAACCCUCUAAUUCUGACUGUAGCUCUGUGUUAGAAGAUACAGCUAGCCAUAAGUAGAUGUCUUGGCUCUUGGCUAAGGACAUGAAAUGCAAAGCAGGUCCUCAAGGUCCAUGCAGUGAUCAAUAGUAUUGGGUCUACAUGCCUAAUUGGCUCAUCAUGAUGGUUGUCUCUCCCGAGUCUUUCAUUCUUUCAUUAUGCCAAGGUGCGUUAGUACCGGCUUGUAUGUUCUUGUCGACUGCGUAUACUUGAGAAUUUAUGUGCGAAUCGAAAAAAGUGAGGUUCGAAACAUGUCAACCAUUCCUAGUAUAGUGCUGGUAAAGAAAGUUCGAAGAUGACUACAAUUUGUAUCCAGGAGUUAUACAUUUCGUCGGUCAAUGGACCUGCUUGUCCUCACAGCGCCUCUUCGAUUUGCUCGGGGGAUUUGGUUUUGAGCGCACGACUGACUCGAGGGAUUUGCAGAUUUCAAAAUUUAAUUGACCUCGGUAUAGUGAACCGCAACCGAUGGGAAAGGCCGUCAUGAUGCAAGACUGACGGGUCAAGAAAUCUGUUAUAUGUAAUCCAAUGAUCGACAGCGUUUGAACACACGACGGGGUUGGCAAGGAAAUGCAUGGGACGUAGUUGGUAAACAAAUACCAGACUUGCUAUGCGGGGUUUGGCGAGAAGAUAAGUAACACAGCUUGAGCUAGAAAGCGUAGGGAGCUGCACGAUGCGUAAUGGCAUCAUGAUUUCUGCUGUUCGAAUUUUGUCGCUUCACCUCCAUCGCUUCUUUUGCGAACAUUGCAACUUAGCCAUCAAGUCUCGUCUGGACUUCGUGUUUACGUCUGUGCCCCAUCUAGCGCCGGGCUCCCCCGUCCAAGCGCCCCCAUCACCACGAGGAACCACUGACCCUCCGCGGCGUCGAUCGUAUUGACUGUUGACAAACAAUCAAUCCUCCAAAACGUUGCGACACCGCCCCUCCGCAGACGCCGGCGAUUUGGUCGCUUCCGCCAAUUCCUGACCCUCACCUCGAGUCGACUGCUGCUGCUGCUACUGCUGCUGGCUUCGCAAUGGCGCCUCCUUCAGACAGCCUCGCCCGCGGAAAUGAUGCGCAUAACGCAAUGGCACCCCAACCGCUUGAGCAAUCGACUCACAAACUACUCGUCGACCGAACGAUCGAAGCGCGGCAACAGAUCACGGCCGGUAUCAUUCCUACCUACUACGUGGUCGAUGGGCCUGCACCUGGAACGGUAGUAGGCAUUGUUUUCGGCAGUGUGGCUGGCUUCAUCUUGCUAUGUUGGCUCAUCUUUUCCCUUACGCAAGGCAAUGUGGGCAGAAGCGGCGCCAGUGGAGUCAUAGCUGGGGAAGAAGAGUAUGUGGUGCGAAGGGCCCGGCGAAAGUCCAAUUCACAUGCCGGACGCCGCCGUAGCGAAAUACGCGAGUACAGCAGGAGUCCAAGGCAAUCUGGUGGAAGGUCGACGGUGAUCGUCGAGGAGAGGCGGCCAGCGCCAAGGGCAAGAAGCAGGAGUAUCGUAAUGGAAUCGCGGCGACCGGGCGACGAUAUCGUAGAGGUGAUUGAAGACCAUGACGAGUACCGUUCGGCCAGAGGCAGUCGUAGGAGGAGUCCAGACUACCGGUGA